CCGCGGGCCCAGGCCAAGGAGGCAGCAGUCCGUGGCAGUGCAGGUGGGUCCCCGCCCUCGGCCAGGCAAGAUGCCCCUGCGGCUGCGGAGAAAAAAGAAAUUCAAUACCAAGGAGACCUCCCGGCUGGUGGAGGGCGAGCAGACUAAUGCGGCUGGCGGCAGCCUACCCAGGCUCCCGGCGCCCACCUGCAGGCUGGUUUUCCACACGCAGCUGGCCCACGGCAGCGCCACGGGCAGAGUGGAGAACUUCUCCAGCAUCCAGGAGCUCUACGCCAAGAUCGCGAGCGUGUUUGAGAUUUCGCCGUCGGAGAUCUUAUAUUGCACUUUAAAUACACCUAAAGUUGACAUGGGAAAACUCUUAGGAGCACAGAUAGGUCUUGAAGAUUUCAUAUUUGCCCAUGUGAAAGGGAUCAAAAAAGAAGUGAAUGUGUAUAAGUCUGAGGAUUCACUUGGUCUCACCAUUACAGAUAAUGGUGCUGGCUAUGCUUUUAUAAAGAGAAUUAAAGAUGGCAGCAUAGUUGACUCAGUUAAAACAAUCUGUGUGGGGGAUCACAUUGAAGCCAUCAAUGGAGAAACUAUCCUUGGGUGGCGUCACUUUGAUGUUGCUAAGAAGUUAAAGGAAUUAAAAAAAGAGGAACUCUUUACCUUGAAGUUAAUAGAACCUAAGAAGGCCUUUGACAUGGAGCCUAGGUCAAAAGCUGGAAAGUCAUCAACAGGAAGGAUUGGUACUGGAAGGGAGACACUUCGCCUGAGAUCAAAAGGCCCUGCCACUGUGGAAGAAGUGCCCUCUGAAACCAAAACAAAGGCGAUUGGAAAGGUUGAUGAUCUUCUUGAAUUGUACAUGGGAAUUCGAGAUAUCGAUUUAGCUACUACAAUGUUUGAAGCUGGAAAGGACAAAGGUAAUCCGGAUGAAUUUGCUGUGGCACUUGAUGAAACCCUUGGAGACUUUGCGUUCCCAGAUGAGUUUGUCUUUGAUGUUUGGGGAGUCAUUGGUGAUGCCAAAUGAGGGUGAUUAUGAUGUGAAUCAUCGUCUCUGGAGGAAUAAAAAAAAAAAAGUUAAAAUCUGCUUUUAGACACUGUUAUGGACUCUGGCUUGUUUUAUGUGUAUGAAUACAUUCUUUUGAAAUAUAGUUUUGAUUUCUGGGCACUUUUUAAUGCAGUUGCAUAUGUGGUAUACUUAAGAUAAAUUACCUAAAACGUGAUCAAUUUUAAUACUCAUUUAAAAGCUUUUUAAAGUUAGUUUUAGAGAGUAUUUCUAGAUAGGUUAUUUUGGUCCCCAUUGACAGCCAUGUUUUGUUUUCCAUGUAUAAGUAGUUGAUUGAAAUCGCUUUGUAGUUCUUUUGCAAAAUCUUAAUGCAGUGAAGACGAGGAUUGGAGUAUAAUUUGCCUCAUAGCAUCUUCAUUUUGUUAUACUAGCUUGAACAGGAUAUGUUCAGGACAUGAAAUACGAAUUAUGCCUACUAGAGGUCUAGAAACAUUAUUUUUUAAAUCCACUGAAUAAGGAGAGGAAGAUUCCUAUAGCCUGUUGAUGUCUAUGGCUUACUUACUCUCUUUGUAAAACAAGGAUUGAUUGACUUAUUUUUUGCUUCUUUGUAAUUGCUUCCUUGCUUCUUAAACUUGUUGAAAUCUAUUGUGUUGUGUAUGUAUUUGCACAUGUAGAAGAAGGUGAAAGAGAGGCAGAUACGGUAGAAACCACUUAUAUUUGAUUUUUCUGUAGCAGUUCUUACAACACUAUUUCUUUUCCAUCCAUACCUACUGUUAUGUUACCCUUUAGAAGCAUUCCAGGGAAAGUUUUUAUAGUCUUUGCAGAACUUUUCUUUUGAAAGAUGUUUACUCAGAAAAUAACUAUGUUUGAGAACAUUUUUGGGGGUUAAAGAGCAAAACUUUUUUUUUUUUUGUUAGAGCAACACUUUUAAGCCUCCUGAACUUAAAAGGAGAUACUAUCAGCAGUAGAUUUCCCCCUAGUGAAAAUGCAGGAGGAAGGGAAAAUUGAGAAAAUAUAUUAGCUUAUUAUUUUAGAGUUCUAAUGCACUCUCUCUGAAACCUUACAUUAUUGAGAAAAUUGAGGGUAAAUGACUGUUUUAUCACUCUUAACUUGACAUUUUACACAUGUAAGAGAAAUGGAAAUGAAUGGUUUCCACAUAGAUCAUUUAAUAAGGCAGAGCAUGGUGUGACCAAGUGUUCUUCUAAAAUGUUAGAUGGAAAAUGCUGCAUGCUGCCGUGGUAAUCAGAAAUAAUAACCUGUGAGGGGUGUAUUCUAGGAAAUCAGAAGUAGUUCCCUUUUCAUGCUGGGUUGAUGCUUAGAUAACUCUUGUUUUCUGGUGCAACUUCACUUUUACUGCGUUCUGCUCUCUUUUUCACAUAAAUUUAAUUCUAUGAAUCUUGGUAUUCUUUGUCUCAUUAAUCUGAAACCUGCACAGAAACUGUUGCAGUCAUUAACAUGUAACAAAAGCAGUUUAUGGAAUGUGGAUUGUCUUAUUGCCCUUGCCCAUCAUUUGGAAAUAGCAUUCAGCCCAGGCUGUGGUAAUUUGUUGCUACUUGUUUAGUGAAUUUCUUUCAGAGGUCCCCAAAUACAUACUAAUUCUUUUUUU